AUGAUCAGGCAUUUGUCCCCACUACUGUUCAUAAGGAAUAUCGCUACAACAAUACCAAUCUCUACCGCAUCACAACUUACAUUCAAAACCAUAGCAUACCCUAGAUCAAGAAGACUCAUACCUUCAUAUAAUCAACUCUCUUUCUUCUCAACAACAACCAUCCGACACCAUGGUCACAUCAAGAAACCUGAACCAGGUGAAGAAUUAAAAGUAACAUUUGUUCUCAAAGAUGGUGAACAAAAGACUUUCGACGUAUGUGAAGAUGAAACUCUAUUAGAUAUAGCACAAGGUCAUGAUUUGGAUAUGGAAGGUGCAUGCGGUGGUUCAUGUGCAUGUUCCACAUGUCAUGUCAUUGUAGAUCCAGAUUAUUAUGAUGCAUUACCAGAACCAGAAGAUGAUGAAAAUGAUAUGUUGGAUUUAGCUCCUGGAUUGACUGAAACUAGUAGAUUGGGGUGUCAAGUUAAAAUGUCAAAAGAUAUAGAUGGUAUUAGAGUGGCUUUACCUACAAUGACUAGAAAUGUUAAUAAUAACGAUUUCAAAUAA